AUGCUGACGGUACUACCAGGCCUCGUGGUACAGUUUAUAGUGACAGGCUGCACGCUAUUGUUUACGGUGACUGCCGCAAGCAAAUCUAAAUGCAAUGGCUACUCUGUAUAUAAUAUUAAGCAGAGUAUUUUCCAGUUGGAAGCUAACCUGCAGUUGAUUGGAGAAGGAUGUGGCAUCUACGGGCCAGACGUCCCCAGGCUAGCAUUAAGCGUCACUUAUGAGACGGACACCAGGCUCCACGUCAUCAUCCAAGACAGUGAGAAAGAGCGGUAUCAAGUGCCCACAGAAGUGUUUCCUCGACCUAACUUCGCUGGGGUGGACCCCAAAACUUCCGACCUUGUAUUCAGCCUGACGGAAUCGCCGUUCGGCUUCACCGUCUCGCGUUCGUCUACCGGCGAAGUUCUCUUUGAUACGAGGGGAACGGCCUUGAUCUUCGAAGAGCAAUAUUUACGUCUACAAACAUGGCUUCCUUCUGGGCCAAAUAUUUACGGACUUGGUGAACAUUUUGACACAUUCAGACUGCCGACGGAUAACUACACGCGAACACUAUGGGCUAGAGACUCGGAUGGAGUGCCUUACGGAGAGAAUCUCUACGGCAGUCAUCCUGUUUACUUCGAACAUCGGAUGGGCGGCACACAUGGCGUGCUUUUGCUGAAUUCCAAUGGAAUGGACGUCAAGAUAGACAGGGUCUCUCUGGGACGACAGAACCUGGAGUACAAUAUAAUUGGAGGCAUUCUUGACCUAUACUUCUUUGCUGGGCCGGACCCAACACACGUCGCCAAACAGUAUGCAGACGUGGUUGGACGGCCAGCUAUGGUACCUUAUUGGAGCCUAGGGUUCCAUCAAUGUCGUUUCAGCUAUCGAGACUGGUUCGAAGUGGCAGAGGUCAUAGCCAAUUACAGCUCUGCCGGGAUUCCACUUGAGACAAUGUGGACGGACAUUGAUUACAUGGAGCAUAGAAGUGUAUUCUCCCUGGACCAACUGAGGUUUCCGAUUGAGCGUAUGCGAGAAAUAGUCCAUAACCUCCACAAGGCAAAUCAACGAUAUAUCCUCAUGGUAGACCCUGCGAUAGCCUGGCAAGACUACGAAGCAUUCAACAAGGGUCUUGAACUGGACAUCUUCCUGAGAAAUCAGGAUGGCUCAUUGCAUGAAGGAGUGGUCUGGCCAGGUGUCACGGUGUUUCCUGACUGGUUCCACGUCAAUGCAAGUACUUAUUGGAUCGACAUGAUCGAAAAGAACUUCAACCCGGAGACUGGCAUUGAUAUCGAUGGCAUCUGGAUUGAUAUGAAUGAACCUGCGAGCAUGUGCGACUUUCCUUGUACGGAUGCAGGGAAACAAGCCCGGAAGUUAGGGGUGCCUCCAGAUCCUCCUCCUCCGCGGAAUCCACCAAGGCACCUCCCUGGAUAUUCAAAUUUAACAGAUGACAGCAAACCCGAAGGAACAUUUCUCAAGGAAAAUCAUCUGCUGUAUAGACAGAAUGCCUCAUUUGUAUACAAGCCGAAGAGAGAUGCUGUGGCUGAUCUGCCCCGCUGGAAUGCUAGCACUCCUCACCUGAAAGGCUUGCUCUUUCCCCACUACCGUAUCCGAAAUGGAGGUCCGACGGGCAUUUUGAGCGACAAGACCGUGCAUACUGAUGUCAUGCAUAUGAAUGAACUCAUGGAGUAUGAUGUCCACAAUCUCUAUGGCACUAUGAUGAGUUCGAUCACGAGGCAGGCGAUGCUGCGCAGACGACCAGACCUGAAACCGUUUAUCAUCACGAGGAGCACAUUUGCCGGGGCGGGUAGGCAUGUUGGGAAAUGGCUCGGAGAUAAUGCCGCCCGCUGGGACCAUUACCGGUCCUCUAUAGCAGGAAUGCUUAAUUUUGCGUCCAUAUUCCAGAUUCCGAUGACGGGAAGUGAUGUUUGCGGAUUCAAACUCGCAACAACGGACAAGCUAUGCGCCAGAUGGACGACUCUCGGAGCGUUUAGUCCCUUUUACCGCAAUCACAACCAUGACGAAGCGCCUCCACAGGAAUUCUACCGCUGGCCCCUUGUAACAGAGGCCGCGAAAUAUGCAAUUUCCACUCGAUAUAGACUUCUAGAUUAUCUUUAUACCGCGCUUCACCAACAGUCUCUUGAUGGAACACCGGCGAUUAACCCGCUGUGGUACAUAUACCCUCGCGACAAGAGCACUUUCCCCAUCGAUUUGCAAUUCUUCUACGGUAACUGUAUCAUGGUUUCUCCAGUUACAGAAGAAAAUUCGACGAAGGUGGAUUUUUACGUACCUGAUGAUCUGUUCUAUGAUUUCGAGACGCUUGAAUCUUUACGUGGCCAUGGGGACUUCCGCACAGCUAGUGAAGUGCCGUUCAACCGCAUCCCAUUACAUAUCCGAGGCGGCUGCAUAGUGCCUCUCCGAGUUGAGAGCGCAAAUACCACAACCGAGCUACGGUCCAAGGACUUUGAGCUCCUCGUUGCUUUGGGUCCCGAUGGCACAGCGACUGGACAGCUUUAUGUCGAUGAUGGAGUGACGAUUGAUGGUGGGAAGAAGGUGCAUUUGAACUUCAGCUAUGCGCAGGGAAAUUUGACAUCGUCGGUUGUGGGUGAAGUAGACCCUUCAGAAGCUGGUGUACAUAUCAGUUCCGUCAGAGUGAUUGGAGAGGGCCUCGGCCUAUUUCACUCUCACGAGCUGUGA